AUGUCAAAGGGCUGUGCGCCCACCAGUAGGCGGAGUUCUGGAGUGGGAGGGGCCGGCGAGGUGCCGCCGCGAACUCGUCAGACUGUAGUUGUCAUCUCGACCACCAACACCACCAUGUCUUCGCAGAUUCGUGGAACUCGUCCAAAUCAGGAGCGACGUAAUGCAAGGGAACGUAAUCGAGUACAUCAGGUUAACCAUGGCUUUGAUCUGUUACGAACUCGAGUACCUAAGGCAGGAAUCAACAAAAAGUUGUCUAAGGCAGACACUUUACGAGAAGCUGUUCGAUAUAUACAGUAUCUACAAAGCUUACUACUCAGCGAAGGAGGAAUGAAUCAAACAGAAUAUAUGGCACAAAUGGCCCAAUCCUGCUCCGUUAAUCAAGGAAUCUAUCAACAAUCUGAAAUGGAGUUUGAUGUUUAUUUCCCUUCUGGCUCAUCCUCAGUUGCAUCACAACAAACCAGCCCCACAAGCUCUAUUUAUGCACCUCCACAGUUACCUCCUUACAACCAAGGUGUCCGACCAUCUCCAUGA